CUGCGCACCAGGCUCCAUCCCCGCCGUGCUGGCCGCCCGCCCCGGCCUCCGCCUGGGGACGAGGUGGGAGGCGCUAGAAGCCACUUAGCUACAGCCUGGCGCCCGAUGCGGCGCUCGCUCGCUGCCCCCGCCACCGAAGCGCCCGCCAGGCACAAUGCAGCACUGAGGCAGCGGCGGCUGCGGCAGCGGCAGCGGCAGAGGCACGGGCUGGGAAGGGGCGGCCGGGAGCCCGAGCCCGGGGCCGGGGCACGAGCAGCUGAGCGCCGCCACCAUGCAGGCAGCGGCGGCCGCGUCCUUCUGGCUGCUCUGCGUCUUGGGGACCUGCCCCCUGGCGCGCUGCGGUCGGGCAGGAGUCGCCUCACUGAGAGGACUGGAGAGGGGGAACGAAAACCGCUUCCUGGAGCGCCAGAGCAUCAUACCACUGCGCCUCAUCUAUCGCUUGGGCGGCGAGGACGAAACUCAGCACGACCAGCUGAACACGAGGGUGCGGGGCGACCCUGGCGGACCGCAGCUGACGCACGUGGACAAGGCAAGCUUCCGGGUGGAUGCCUUUGGAACCUCGUUCAUUCUUGAUGUUCUACUGAACCAUGAGUUGCUGUCCUCAGGUUAUGUAGAGAGACAGAUUGAACAUGGAGGUAAAGUCGUGGAGAACAAAGGAGGAGAACACUGUUAUUACCAGGGCCAGAUCCGAGGAAACCCUGUCUCAUUUGUUGCCCUAUCAACAUGCCACGGACUCCAUGGGAUGUUCUAUGAUGGGAACCACACAUAUCUCAUUGAGCCAGAAGAAAAUGAGAAGUCUCAAGAGGAGUCUCAUUGUCACUCCGUGUACAAAUCCAGACACUUUGAAUUUCCCUUGGAUGACCUUCCGUCUGAAUUUCAACGCGUAAACAUUACUCCCCCUCAGUUUCUUUUGAAGCCAAGACUAAAGCGGAGGAAAAGACAGCUUCUUCGAUUUCCUCGGAACGUAGAGGAGGAAACCAAAUACAUCGAGCUGAUGAUUGUGAAUGAUCAUCUCAUGUUUAAAAAGCACCGGCUUUCUGUUGUAUAUACUAAUACCUAUGCGAAGUCUGUGGUGAACAUGGCGGAUGUGAUCUAUAAAGACCAACUUAAAACUAGGAUAGUAUUGGUUGCCAUGGAAACCUGGGCUGCCGACAACAAGUUUGCCAUCUCUGAAAACCCACUGAUUACCCUGCGUGAGUUCAUGAAGUACAGGAGGGAUUUUAUCAAAGAGAAAGCUGAUGCAGUUCAUCUUUUCUCGGGCAGUCAAUUUGAGAGUAGCCGGAGCGGGGCAGCUUAUAUUGGUGGGAUUUGCUCGCUGCUGAGAGGAGGAGGCGUGAAUGAAUUUGGAAAAACAGAUUUAAUGGCAGUUACCCUCGCUCAGUCAUUAGCCCACAAUGUCGGUAUAAUCUCAGACAAGAGAAAACUAGCAAGUGGUGAGUGUAAAUGCGAGGACACCUGGUCCGGGUGCAUAAUGGGAGACACCGGCUACUAUCUCCCGAAAAAGUUCACUCAGUGCAAUGUGGAGGAAUAUCAUGACUUCCUGAAUAGUGGUGGAGGUGCCUGCCUGUUCAACAAGCCUUCCAAGCUUCUUGAUCCUCCUGAGUGCGGAAAUGGCUUCAUUGAAACUGGAGAGGAGUGUGAUUGUGGCACCCCUGCAGAAUGUGCCCUUGAAGGGGCAGAGUGUUGUAAGAAAUGCACCUUGACCCAGGAUUCUCAAUGCAGCGAUGGCCUCUGUUGUAAAAAGUGCAAGUUUCAGCCUCUGGGGACCGUGUGCCGAGAGGCAGUGAACGACUGUGACAUUCGUGAAAUAUGUUCAGGAAAUUCGAGCCAGUGUGCCCCCAAUGUGCAUAAAAUGGACGGAUAUUCGUGUGAUGGUACUCAGGGAAUUUGCUUUGGAGGAAGAUGUAAAACCAGAGAUAGACAAUGCAAAUACAUCUGGGGGCAAAAGGUGACAGCGUCUGACAGGUACUGCUAUGAGAAACUGAACAUUGAGGGGACAGAGAAGGGUAACUGCGGGAAAGACAAGGACACAUGGACACAGUGCAACAAACGGGAUGUGCUUUGUGGUUACCUCCUGUGCACAAACAUUGGCAAUAUCCCAAGGCUCGGAGAGCUUGAUGGUGAGAUCACAUCCACAUUAGUCGUGCAGCAAGGAAGAACAUUAAACUGCAGCGGGGCGCAUGUUAAGCUUGAAGAAGACGUGGAUCUCGGCUAUGUGGAAGAUGGGACGCCCUGUGGCCCUCAGAUGAUGUGCUUGGAACACAGGUGUCUUCCUGUGGCUUCCUUCAACUUCAGCACUUGCUCUAGCAGUAAAGCAGGCGCUGUGUGCUCAGGAAAUGGAGUUUGCAGCAAUGAGCUCAAGUGUGUGUGCAACAGGCACUGGACAGGGGCUGACUGCGGCACCCACUUUCCUCACAAUGAUGAUGCAAAGACUGGCAUCACCCUGUCUGGCAAUGGUGUUGCUGGCACUAAUAUCAUAAUAGGAAUAAUUGCCGGUACCAUUUUAGUGCUGGCCCUCAUCUUAGGAAUAACUGCCUGGGGUUAUAAAAACUACCGAGAACAGAGACAGUUACCCCAGGGAGAUUAUGUAAAAAAGCCUGGCGAUGGCGACUCUUUUUAUAGCGACUUUCCUCCUGGAGGCAGCACAAACUCAGCAUCUAGUUCUAAGAAGAGGUCUGCUUUUCUGUCGCAUUUUCAGAUUUCCACCUGUUCCAUCACACAUUAUUCCAUUAGUCAGAACAUUUCAUUAUUUUGCAGCAGGUCAAAUGGACUCUCUCAUUCUUGGAGUGAAAGGAUUCCAGACACAAAACAUAUUUCAGACAUCUGUGAAAAUGGGAGACCUCGCAGUAACUCCUGGCAAGGUAACAUGGGAGGCAACAAAAAGAAAAUCAGAGGGAAAAGAUUUAGACCUCGAUCUAACUCAACCGAGAGGGAGCCCCAAGCACCCGAGCCUGGGCACUCCCUCGCCCAGACAAUCCCAUCCCAAGGCAUAAGCCCAGGGGGCUCUGACAGCCCCCAGCCUGGGGGUCUGGAUCACAGGACCCUGUCACCUGCCAAGUCUCCUUCUUCAUCAACUGGGUCUAUUGCCUCCAGCAGAAAAUACCCAUACCCGAUGCCUCCGCUUCCUGACGAGGAGAAGACAGUGAACCGACAGAGCGCCAGGCUAUGGGAGACAUCCAUUUGAGAGCAACUGUUUACAUGUGACACAUCGAAACUGUUUACUUCUACUUUUAUAGAAACCCAGCCACCCACAACCACUGCAAGUCUAUCUGCUCUCUGGAUGAUUUCAAGACCCUCUGACAUACCAGAGGAGAGGAAGCCACGGGUCACACCUGGACACCAUACUUUUUUUUUUUUUUUUUUUGUCAUUGGCUUAAGUUUUAACCAAAUGGUAAAAAGAAUUACUAGAAUGUCACACUACAACAUGGAACCAUUUAUGGUCUGGUAUUGGUAUGUUAAUGGAUAAUCUGCAUGACAGAAAUAUGUAGAAUAUCAAUAAAAUUAACUCCCAUGAUCCAAGUUUAGCAGGUUUUCCUGAGGGACAGAAGUGGAUUCAGAACAGAGCAUUCUGAAACACAUCCUCAUUGCAAACAGUAACGCCAUAUGCAUGACGCUUCUGUUUAUUGUUUUCCAUAUAUAAGGAAACAACAUCUCAUAAUAGAAAUUAGCAUGCAGAGGCUAAGGCAUAUAGGAUUCUUCUGCAGGACUGUAAGGCUUUGAGAGGCCAAUAUCCCAUACGCUAUCUUUAAACAUGUAUUUUUAUUUUAUUUUUUACUUUUCAUAUUUAUAUUAGCAUCCAAGGACAACUGUACAUAUGUAAACAUUUUUAAAAUUUAAAAAGUAACUGUUACACAUAAGUGUAUUUUUGCCAAAUGCCUACAAACAGUCAGUCACAGUUCUGUCACCAUCCUCCAUCCUGUGUCUUCGGAGUAUAAGUGGAUGAUACUGUAAAUAGAGUGGUCAGUGCUGUAAAGGUAUCUCUCCAUAACUGGUGUCUGUCUGAGACAUGUGAUUUCCUUUUAAAGUGUGUCCAGUCUGGAAGAGGUUUUAUUGAGUAAGAGAACAAAAUGCUCAAAUGUCUAGCCUCUGCUUCUCGCCCAAGGAGGAGUCCAGAUGUGCGGUAGCCAUGAUGUUUCAGGAUACCCUGGAGCUCACAGGCUCUCUGGGAAUCUGCCAGCCUAUGCACUCCACAUCUAAGACACAUGGUGCCUGUCACAGUAGUUGUUCUCAGUCAGUACCAGGGCAUAUCAAUUCAUCUUAACUGGGGGCCAUGGAGUCCCCUCCUCUCUAGAGAGUAUCUUCUGUUAUUGGCCAGAUGCACUAAAGACAUGGACCCCAAAGUGCAGAGCUCCCUCUUGACCAAUGCCUGAGCCUUGUCUGAUCUGAAGUUUGGGUUCCUGGACAGAAUCCUUUCAGUCAUUCUCAUCUGUGAAAGGAAUGAUGACUCGCUUCCACAAUAUGAACACGUUUCAUCACUAGAAUGUAAGUCCCAGCGGGUCAUCAUGUCUGGUUUUGAACCAGAUGGUGGAUGGAAGCCUGAGCAAGGCAUAAAAGAUUAAAUAAAGCCUAUGGCUACACAAAUGCAGUAACUGCAAAGGUAACCAUAAGCCUGCAAGGGAAAGAGCCUGGGUGUUGAGCCCUAUACUUCUGAUCCCCCCGCAAAAAAAGAAAAAAAAGAAAAGAAAACGAGUGUUCUGUGUGAAAUCUUGUCCUUUAAAAUGAAACGUUAAUAACUGUUUCAAUGCAAUGUUGUCACGCAAAGAGAAAACCCCGCUAGAGAGAUCUGACGUUGGUGGGCUCAAUCAUGUGGCUGUGAGCCACACUUGUGAUUUCCCCCUUCUCCUUGCUUGUUUCAUGUGAGGAAUGGAGUCGUCAGACAAGAACUCAGAAAUGGACUCUACAUCUGAUUUCUUUCAGAAGCAUCCAGGAACACAGUUUGUUCCAUCUCUGUGUAGAACUGUCCUAGACACCCAAACUGAAGAACCAGACUGGAAGGCACAGGUAUUCUCAGUUCCUGUCUUUCGCAAUGGUCCGCUCUUCUAAAAACACUCUGAAGGUGUUAGAAAACAAAUUUAAUCAGACAAAAUUAUACGGUGAAAAACAUUCUUCAUGACAGGCAAGGAUAUAGUUUGCCGAUGGCUCAAUAAAGCAGUCUCAGACAAAGGCAGAGACGAGUGUUGAACAGUGUCUCCACAUAGCUUAAGGUACGGCAGACAGGUGACAGAUGAAAGAGAUGUAGCAAAUGAAGUGACUUUUGAACAAGAACACUUUAAAUGUGCACUGAAUGUUCCUUGGUAUUGAGUAUAUAAAGGCUAAUGUAAUAUAAGGUUUAUUUUGACUACAGAAGAGAGAGUUUAUAGCUUUGAAUGAGAGGUGCCUCGUGUAAAUAUGCUUUGUAGUUCUAGUUAGUUACCUAAGUCCUAACGUGAAAGAAUUCACAAAUGGUUAGCUAGUGAACUCAUUAUCUGUCUACCUAGUGGUCUUUCCCUACCUUCUCAAUUAUUUUUACCUGGAAUUAUUAUUGAGAAUUAAAAUCAUUAUCACGUGCCUUUUGGGAGAAUCGGUUGCUCUGGCUCGUAAUCAUCUUCAGAUGAAAUGAAAAGAAAAGGUUUCGCUUAACUUGCAAAGUGAUUUUAGAACUAUAAUAGCUUUAAUGUUCCAGUCUGGGUCUCUGUCUCCCGUGUCGAAGCAUCCUUAGAAUUGUUUUUGGAAUUAACAGACUCUAGUCUUGAUGGAUAACUUCAAGAAGUGUGUAUCAUUCCAUUUAACUCUGUACGACUUCAUUCACUGGGGUACACAGAAUAGACUCGUGGAAUCAAAUCCAAGCACAGUGAUUAUUUCAUUCCUAAAUGUCUAUUUUGAAGAGGAACUUUGAAGCUCCAUGGUGGUUUGAAUCGUGCAACUAGUAUUCAUACUUCCCAGUGUGCUGUGGGAUCAUCACUACACAGAGAAGGGCAGCGAUGUGUUUGUUCAUAGGAUGCCAUUUCUCUUUCUCAUAAUCUUGACAUCGAUAGGACCGCAGAGAGCCCAGAUGCCUAAGGUGUCCCGUUAAGCAGAUCAUUUCUGUUCCAAGGAAAAGGAACAUUCAAUCAAGUCUUUCUACUAUGUUAGCAGGGGAGCCCUGCAGUAACAGAGAAUCCUUAAAGAAUGAACUGGCCAGACUCACUCUUCCCAGCCACUUUCCUUAGAUGGGAAGUCCUCCUCCAGAGUCAGCAAGAUAGAAAAUGAUUCCAGUCGCACACAGUCUGUAGAGAGAAACCAGUGCUGCUUAGACGGUGCAGCCUGAAGAUUCUUAGUGUUCCGCAGUGACUGGCUUGGAAGAACAAAAGCCAGACACCCCAGUCCACCCCUUAGAUGCUGACUGAUGAGUAACUUCUUUAGUUACUCAAGGAGCGUUACUGGGGACAGGAAACCAGGGCUUAGGAUGUUGUCUUAGCAGGUCAGAGGGGUGCUCUAUUUCAGGAUGUGGCGGUUUCUUCUCCUUCUGGCUUCACAAGGCUUUUCAAAGUAGUGUUUGCACAGGUCGGUCCAGUGUAGUCUUUACGCAUGUGAGAUUGGCGGUAGUCUAAAGGAAACCACCGUGAAGAUAAGAUUAAAUAUUCCCUGCCCUCCGGGGGUAUGCGUGGGGGAGUGGGGCCGCUAUGUUUUUCAGGACAGAUCCACAUGCUUCUCUUCUGCUGGGCACCUUGUCUCUGCCUGACUCCAUCCUGCCUGUUGCCCUAGGCUUUUUGCAGCUACUUUACCUGUUGUCCCUUUCAGACGUUGUCCCCUUUUUUUGGGGGGGGGGGAGGUACCUUUAAUCCAGGAACCAUGGGCUAUCUCUGCUUGCUUCUUUGUGGAUUUCAGAGUCAAGUUUGUUCAUUUCACUGUGUGAGUUUUCUGUUGUCAUAGUUCCAUCUUAACCUUAGCUCUGUGCAGUGCUUUAGAGAAGCCCUGCCCUGAAGGUAAGAUUACUUUUUAAUCUUACUUAAAUGUAAAGGAAAGAAAGGCUGUUUGGUAGGUUACACCAUAGAAAGAGAGGGGGACAGAGUUUGGAACUGGUGGGAAUAAGGAGAAGUAAGAGCUGCACAGCCAUGAAGGGCGCAGCUGGCUGCUGCUACUGGUCGCCGUGUUUGGGGCGUUCUCUAAGGGUCUGACCAGCAGCAAGUUGGCUUGAGCCUUGAGACACCUGGACUCCUGUUAGCAGCCCAUUCUCUACUUUUAAUAUUCCUCAUUGUCUCUUUUGUUUGUUUUCUUCUAUAGCUGUCACCUGCUUCCCUCCCCUCCCCCAAAGGCAGUCAAAUCGAAUUCUUCAUUCUUAUUCCACUAGCUUUGUAUGACAAGCUGACAUUUCUGGGGAAGAGGGCUUAAUUGGGGGCUUGAAUGCUUAGUUUCCUCUGGUGGGAUAUUUAAGACUACGCUGGCUUCAGAGGCAGGGUCUUUUCUCUGGCCACUGGAGAACUGGGGACUGGGGUCCAGAUCUCCUUUAUUGUGAAGAAUUCAGCUGGCAUUUGUGAGAGCCAGCAGAGGCAGCAGCCCAUGCUGUGUGAGAGCAGCAUGCUGUAAAAGCGUCUUGGCUGGUUGCUGUUGGCACCUGCUUCCAGCAUAUGCUCUGCAAGACAGACACUUUCAGCUCAAAGAGUUUUCCUACCACACCUGCAGGUACAGAACAAAAUUGUCCCGGACUUGGAGAGCAGAAGGUAGUUAUUUCCAUCCACACAUGGUUUUGCCAGUCCUCAACGUGGAGAACCUUAAGUCAGGUAGUAGAAAAUAAAAACUUACAAGACAAUUAUCAGUUAUAUCUGUGCCCUUCAAAUCCAUGGCCUUAAGGGACAGUAUCAUUGCUGUUGGAUUUGAUGGCUACAUUUAGACCCUUCCUACUUCCAAAGUUCCCUGUUCAGUGUCUGUGUGGCGCUUUUCCUCUUGAUCAGUAGCAUCCCCUAUCCGGGGGCCUUCUUUGGUUCAAAUGAGAAUUAGGGAUACAGAGUGGGGAGGUCAGCUUUCAUUUCCUUCUGGCACGCUGGUUUGAUUGUGCACCUUGGAAAGUCGCUAAGACAUGGGUCUCAGGGUAUAAAUCUCAGGAAGUGAAUAAGCAGCACAGAGUUUUGAGAGGUCCUGGGUCAUUUAGUCCCAGCUUAGGAGCACAGUGGACGUCCACAUAGAGCAUAUAGCAGAGCUCAACACAGUCACCGGAUAUGCUGGAGGGACCUACUGCCGCCAAGGGCAUACAUGUGCUCUGCCGUUUUCGGGAGUGUUACCUUUGGAAGCGCUUUACUCUCCUGUGUCCCUUGCAUUGUUCCCAGACCUGCAUCACUGGGAGGGGCUUCAGAAGUGGCAGGCACAUCGAUCACAGGUCGCCUGUGGCAUCAAAUCCAAGCAAAAUGUGUUUUAUUGUUUCAUUUUAUCAAAAGGCAUACAGUGAGACAAAGGCACCUUGUUAAUAUACACAAGGCCACCAGUUCCUGUGUGUAUGACCUAGUCCUCCCUACAUGUAUGAAGAUGCAUGUAUGGAUAUUCUGCGUUCAACUUAAUGACAUUUCGGGACAUGAUUUGUUUUGAUCGUUGGGUUUUAAAAUAAAGCGAAUAUCCCAAAUCUUUAAAUACAGCGGUGCUAAAUUUUAUCAGAUAACACAAUACAGAAAGUGCUGAAAUGUUCAGACCCUUAGGAGUAACUCAAGGGUUCCUGUUAAAUUACACACGUAUAUCACUGCCUGAUUUGAAACCCUACUUUUCCUUUCUAAUCCAGCACAAUAUCAAACUGUGAUUCUAUAACUUGUCUUUUUAAUGGCUACAAAUAACCCAACAUCUUUUUUUUUUUUUAUUGAAAACCUUUCUUUUUAAUACUGACUGCAAAGUGCUUAGCAAAAGGUUCCUUCUGGAUAACAGAGCAUUGUAUUAUUAUUAUUAUUAUUAUUAUUAUUAUUAUUACUAUCAUUAUUAUUCCUCCUUCUUCAACUUGUUGGAAGACUUGCCCCUCCAAACGAGCAUGUCCAAAAGACAGUUUUCAGAAACUUCACAUUUCACCUAAUGAAAGCUGAUGAUAUGUUGGUCUGCAUUAGGUCUCUGCCAGUGUGUCCCAUGUGCAUAGCCUCCAUGGGGUGAUGCCCAUGUGCAGAUGUCAGAAAUAGCAUCAGUGUGGUUCACUUUUGGGUAACUAGGUACUCAUGUGUAUAUACUUAGAUUUACAUCAUUCAAACCUCUCUGCUUUUCCGCACGCACUUCUAGCUCUUACGCUAUUUUAAAAUCCACUGGGUUUUGGUAAACACCAAUAGAAAUGUAAAUGGUGAUUGCUUUCCUGAGCAGGUGUGAUUUGUUUUAUGGCUGUUUAAGUUAUAAAGUUGUUCUCAUAUUAUAGGUGAAUAAAAUCUUGCUGUUUUUAAAGGUCACUGUAACUCGAGAUUAAAAUUUCUGGCACAAUUUUAUGAGUGUUCACUUCUGAAGCUAAUAAGACAACAGAGUUUUUCUAUGUUACUCUCACUGUAACAUCGAUAAAGUGACUUUCAAUAAAAGAUUUCUGUUAUUUUGA